AUUAAAAACUCAAAAAGCGAGCAUCAGACGUCACCGUACCUUUGACUCUCUCUCUCUUCUUUAAACACCCCCUUUCCUGUCCGCUCCAUCGCCUACCUCUCUCUCUCUCUCUCUCUCUCUUAGUCACAGCACGGUGGGGACGACCAUGGUUAGAGACGAUCUAUGCAUCACCGUUCCCAGCUUCUUCCGCUGCCCUAUAUCCCUCGACGUCAUGAAAUCCCCUGUGAGCCUCUGCACCGGCGUUACCUACGACCGUUCCAGCAUCCAACGCUGGCUCGACAACGGGAACAACACCUGUCCCGCCACCAUGCAGGUUCUCCAAACCAGAGAUUUCGUUCCCAACCGAACCUUACAGAGGCUCAUCCAGAUCUGGUCUGACUCGGUCACCCUCCGAGUGGACUCGCCCGAGUCACCUACCUCCACCCAGUCCGAAUCAGUCCUCUCCAAGGACCAAAUCCUCGUCGCCAUCUCCGAGUUGCAGACUCACUGCGCGAACCGCUUCGACUCGCUCGCCAAAAUCGCGCGUUUCGCGCAAGAUUCCGAGGAGAACCUCGAUUUUCUCGUUAGAACGGAAUGCUUCGUGCCGGCGCUGGUUGGCUUCCUCGACAAUGUCAAUGACGGCGUCGAAUUCCUCGAACAGGUCGUUACGGCGUUGGAUUUGGUUGUCAGCAAAAUGGAAGAUUGCGAGGGCCUGAAAAAUUUGAUACUGAAGAGGCAGGGCGGGGGAGAAAAACAGAGCGUGGAUUCUCUGCUUCUCCUUCUGCAACAAGGAAGCCAUGUCAUAAAAAUCGCAUCGGCUAGGGUUUUGAAAUCCCUCGCCGUAGACGCGGAAUCGAAGCUGUUGUUAGCGGAAAAGGAUGGUUUAUUAUCCGAAUUGCUGAAUCUAAUCACACCGGAGAAAGAUCCGGAUCUAAUGGAGAACUGUUUGUCGUGCCUGGUUUCAUUAUCGACGCCGAGACGGAGCAAGAUGAAGCUGGUGCGUCUCGGAGCGGUGAAGGUGUUCUCGAACCUUCUUUCGACUCCGAGCCUGAGCGUGUCGGUGACGGAGAAGGUUCUGAAGCUGGUGGAAACGGUGUCGUCUACGAAGGAAGGGAGGUCGGAGAUAUGCGAGGAUUCGGCGUGCGUUUCGGCGAUAGUGAACAAGGUGCUGAAAGUGUCGAGCGUGGCGACGGAACACGCCGUUACGACGCUUUGGAGUGUGUGUUAUCUGUUUCGGGAUCAGAAGGCGCAAGAGGCCGUUACGAAGGCUAACGGAUUGACCAAGAUUCUGCUUCUAAUGCAGAGCAAUUGCUCGCCGCAAGUGCGUCAAAUGUCUUCGGAUUUGCUCAAGAUAUUUCGGGUUAAUUCUAAGUCGUGCCUUUCUUCUUAUGACACCAAAACCACUCAUAUUAUGCCCUUUUGAUCCUCCUCCUCCUCUUAGUCCCUACUACUGCCUUUGUAAAUCAGACAAAUUUUUUGUUAGUGAUUAGACAGAAAGCAAAAUGAAAAUGAAAAUUCAUUUGGAGACUCUCUUCCCUCUUUUUGCAUUAAAUUCUGGUCUGUGCAAAUUUCGAAACAUAGGGGAAAAUUCAAUACAUGAAUUCCUCAAGUAACGAGAAAUUUGAGUGUGCAGUAACGUAACAGAUUCAACUCUUGUUUUUGUUAAAUGUUAAAUUGCUAAUGCUUGAGAGCCUUUCUGUAAUGUGAAUGUAAUUAUGUUGUAAAA